GUGUUCUCCAUUGUGGUGUUUGGCUCCAUUGUCAAUGAAGGGUACGUGAACCGCCUGGACGAGACACAGGAGCACUGCAUUUUCAACCGUAAUCGCAAUGCCUGCAACUAUGGCAUUACCGUGGGUGUCCUCGCCUUCCUCAGCUGCCUUCUUUACCUGGCUCUGGAUGCCUACUUCCCGCAGAUCAGCAGCGUCAAGGACCGCAAGAAGGCAGUGCUCUCGGACAUCGGAGUCUCGGCCUUUUGGGCAUUUCUCUGGUUCGUUGGCUUCUGCUUUCUGACCAACCAGUGGCAAGCUUCAAAAGAAGAGGACAACCCAAUGAAUGAGGGAGGGGAUGCAGCCCGAGCAGCCAUCACGUUCUCGUUCUUCUCCAUCUUCACCUGGGUGAGUACAGCAGCCAUGAUGUUGGAUCAA